AUUGUCUUUUACCGUUUUCUCUGCCUUUGACAUUAAUGCUAUCGAUUUUACAGGUCCUGUGUUUUUUGUGCAGUAUUCCAGUUGAUUCCUCGCUUUCGUAUCAUUGGCGCGUGCCGCUCUCGGCGUACUUGAGCUGUGGCCGGCAAUGCGAGUUCGCUCGACUUGCUAAUGUUCUCAUCCAUGUCUCAUCUAGGCAAAAACGAACAGGAAAGCUCCACUAACGCAAUAUAACUUUUAUUCGGCUCUUUCUUUCUGCUCUGCCGCAUCAGUCGAAGUUGACUUCAGAACAUUUCCAGUCAUACACCACCUGGUUACCCUUUCCCUUUUUCGUACGCGUUUUUCGGGAGCCAGCCAUUUCGAGGAGCUGCUCGAGUGCAUAGGCACAUACUAAUUUCUUAUUUAUGUUUGCCACAUCCAACCCCACUGGACUUCUUACGGCGGCUAAAAGACUUAGAUUUCAAUAUCCCACGACAUUAAGGUUAUUCCACAGUGUUCUGUUCUAGUCGUAGUCACUGGACUACAGCGUUUAUUUCCGUGGGCACUGACGUUCAGCGCCCCAAACCUUUCUGUAACUUAAAAAUGGACGGUGUGUCUCGUCAAAAAUCGCUGCCGACUGCUCCCCCGCCAGGUCAGUUGAGUACCUCACCGGGAGAGACGCCUAUUCUCGGGGGUCAAAAGGAGCGGACCGAUGGGCCGCGAGUCCCGGUACCUGCGGGAGAGACAGCUCCGGAACGUGUGCGUAUCAAGGGUCCGAGCGUCGUAGGCGACCUAAAAACAAAUCUGGAUGACAUCAAGUCUUCUCUCGUUUCUUACUACAGUCGACUAUACUCUGGAAGCUCUCCGUCCAUUGAGGAACGCCUUGACGCGCUGUCAUUUCAGAGCCAGAAUCCGGAAUCACCAUCCCGAUGGUUGCGUCGUCGACAAAGAGAGAAGAGGUUCGAGGCCAUGGCUGAAACGUCCGAGGACUCCAUGCGGGACCAUCUCAGUGGCGGGAGAGACGUCGCAAGUGCAAGGCGGCGGUGCGAUGAACCCGCUGUUGGACAGCGGAGUUCCAGGACCAGCGGCGAGGUAUACGACAUGUUGCGAGAUCUUCGUCUGAAAUGUGAGACGGCUUCGCUGAAGCUCAACACGAUUUCUGACGAUCUGUACCCGCAGAUUUCCAAUCCCAACCUGCGGGAGUGGGAAUAUACGACGACUCCUCUGGGACGACGCCGACCACAAUUCGGCGAUCAAACGGAACUUCGCCACCAUGCUACAAGUCUGUAUCGCCAUUUACACACACAGGCUGAAAUAAAUCAAAGCCGAAUCAACAACCUACAGUCAAAAAUGAAGAUCUUGUACAUGCAGACAAAGUCGGAGAUGAUGAAACACCAACAGGACCCAAGAGUGGGUUUGUGAAUUCACAAACCAAAACCGUAAUAGAUUGUUUUUAACAGGCCUCACGCUACCCUUCUGCAGAGGGAGCGAGGGAGCUCCAGUGGGUUGCAUCAGUCACUUUUUGUAGUAGUAGAGAGUUUUUACAAGCCAACAUCGAACAUUCAGUCCUCCUUCCCCCCCAACUGUUGUUCCAAGGAGCAACGUUGAGUGGGAGCAGCGUUGAGUGGGAGCACCGUUUAUUGUGUGCACCGCUCCGAACAUCGGUGACGCGUGCGGCAAAGGUGUGGAACGAAAAGCGGUCACAAACAGAUACAGUCGGGCAGGUCAACCCACGAGAUUUGGCAGUAAACUGUUUGGGAGUGUUGGUUUGGAAAUACGGGCAGUCCCUUUAUUUUGCGUGUGCAGAGCUGGACUGCUGGUUUUGUAUUUCACUUGUUCGCCCUAAGCCCAUUACUUUUCUGUACAGGAGAAUUACUGGUGGAACCCGCAAAUAUAUUUUGGGCUGGUGAAAGCGUCGAGUGCGAACAGCCAAACAUAAAAGAUACAAUGCACACUAUCGCUUCUCUGUUGCACAGAUCAUGGCGGU